AUGUCUAUCAUUCAAGAAGCCCCGCUGGGCCAGCUGCUAUAUUUUAUCACGGGAGGAAAAGUGUUUGCAUACCCGGAGGACAAACCUGGGUUCGAGAUACCAUGGGAGCAUGUAACUGUUGCGGAAAAGACUGCCGACCUUGAGACUUCAGCAGAAACUCCAGAUACCACAGCCUUACCGGAGAAAGACCCUCUCGAUGAAUCCACUCGGCCACCAGCGCAUGCGGAUGGGAACGGUCUUGCUCAUGUUCCAACAACUAGAUCCACGGAAGCAAGGCCGGGCCUCACAAGAUCCUCGACCACUUCGCGUUCGUUGACUCGUGAACAAACUUUGCCUUACUCUCCCGAACGGUUCGACGUCGAGCAAUCAGAGAGUCUUGAGCGGGGACACAGCAGCAUCAUUGUGCCCCAGAAGACCUCUGACGGGGUGGUCCUUGUGGACUGGUAUACUACCGAUGAUCCCGCGAAUCCCCAGAACUGGAACAGUUGGAAGAAAGCCUUGGUCGGCCUGCAGAUCUUCCUGUACACUUUUGCCGUCUACUGUACAUCAGCCAUAUACACACCGUCACAGGAAGGAGUCAUGAGACAGUUUGGUCUAACAUAUGCUGAAGGGAGUGUUGGCUUGAGUAUUUACGUUGCUGGCUAUGGUAUAGGUCCUCUGAUCUUCAGCCCUCUAAGUGAGAUACCGAUCGUGGGGCGCAACAUACCCUACAUCAUCAGUUUUACGCUCUUCGUGAUCCUAUGUGUUCCUACCGCGUUAGCAGACAGCUAUGCUUCACUUCUAGUUCUGCGUUUCCUGACUGGUUUCAUGGGAAGUCCUGCCCUUGCGACAGGCGGCGCCACGAUGCAAGACAUGUAUGGCCUUUUGAAACUUCCAUAUGCCUUGACCGCCUGGGUGGCAGCCGCUUUCUGUGCCCCGGCGCUAGGUCCACUGUUAUCCGGGUUCUCCGUCGUUGUCAAAGGCUGGCGAUGGAGUCUUUGGGAGUCGCUGUGGAUGUCAGGUCCGGUGCUUGUGUUCAUGUUCAUCUCUAUGCCGGAGACAUCAUCCGCCAACAUCUUGCUCCGAAGAGCGAAGCGUCUGCGUAAAUUGACGGGCCGUACAGAUCUGAGGAGCCAAAGCGAAAUCGACCAAGGCAACACGACCCUAUCCAAGAUUAUUGCAGAUCAAUUGAUCAAGCCCACCGAGAUCUUCCUCCGAGACCCUGCCGUCUUCUUCACCAAUGUCUACACAUCGCUUAUUUACGGUAUCUACUACUCCUACUUCGAGGCGUUUCCUCUCGCCUACAUCGGAAUUUACGGCUUCAAUCUUGGACAGCUCGGACUCGUCUUCCUGUGCAUCAUUGUCGGGUGCAUCCUUGGUAGUGCGACUUACUGCUCCUACGUGUACUUCUAUCUCGAGCCAGAUAUCAAGAAAAACGGCCUCCGUGCACAGGAGCAUCGACUAGUGCCGGCGUUAUUCUCCUCGAUGCUUCUUCCAAUUGGCAUGUUCUGGUUCGGAUGGACCGUGAGGGACGACAUCCACUGGAUAGUCAGCGUCAUUGGACUGACAUUCUUCGCCAUGGGGGCAUUUAUUCUAUUCCAGUGCAUCUUCAUGUACUUGCCUCUCACAUACCCUCAAUAUGCCGCAUCUCUCUUUGCAGCCAACGACUUCUGCCGUUCAUCCAUGGCCGCGGGGUGUAUCAUCUUCGGCCAUCCGCUCUACGUCAACCUGGGCAUUGGUCGGGGCAUCAGCAUCCUCGCUGGAUUGCUGUGUGGCGGAGUCCUGGGUAUCUGGGCCCUUUGGUACUUCGGCGCUACGCUCAGGGCCCGCAGUCGCUUUGCGAUUUGA